AUGCUGCACACGCUCUUGGGCGCUGGCCGGCGAGUGCUGGUGCCGGGCUCACGCAACACGACAGCAGACGUCCUGUCCGCGGUGCAUAUUGCCUGCGAGCAAUGCCAUCAACCCCGCAUCUGCCCGCAUCGCAUUGGCGUUGCUGUCGAGGGCCAAGAGGCCUCUGUUAGCCCCGUCCCAGACGCGCGCGCAUCCGCUCUUCAAAUGGCUGUGGCCGUCAUCUUGGGAGAGCCCCUCUCCUGGGUCAAGUCAGAAGACAUCACUCGAUCCUCGUCCGUUAUGACGCAAAAGGUUGUUGCAAAACAUGGCGACUGA